AGCUCGGACACCUUCAGACCGACGCAGCAGAGACCGCACGCACACCACGAUGGCAGAAGAAGCUCCAGCUGCCGCCCCGGCGAAAUCCCCGGCCAAAGCGCCGAAGAAGAAGACCGCUCCCCGCCCCAAGAAGGAUGGCCCCAGUCUCCCGAAGCUGAUCCUCAGCGCCGUGGCCGAGUCCAAGGAGCGCAAGGGGAUGUCGCUGGCCGCGCUGAAAAAGGUACUGGCUGCCAAGGGCAUCGACGUGACCAAGGCUAACAAGCGCAUCAACACCGCCGUCACUAAGCUGGUGACCAAGGGAAGCCUGACUCAGACCAAAGGGACCGGUGCCUCAGGGUCCUUCAAACUCGCCAAAAAGGAGCCCAAAGCCGCCAAGCCGGCCAAGAAAGUUGUGAAGAAGAAGCCGGCCCCCAAAGCCAGGAAGCCCGCUGCCAAGAAGCCCGCCGCGGCGAAGAAACCCGCAGCAAAGAAGGCGGCGGCGGCGGCCAAGAAGUCACCCAAGAAGGCCCCGGCUAAGAAACCCGCCAAGAAGGUGGUGAAGAAGAGCCCCAAGAAGGUCGCCGUGAAGAAGCCCAAGGCUGCUAAGAAGCCAGUGGCCAAGAAAGCACCGGCAAAGAAGACCGCGGCCAAGAAAGCCAAGAAGUAAAGCGGCUGUCAGUGACCUGCACGCAGUGCACCAAAGGCUCUUUUAAGAGCCACCACAGCUUCAACUGAAGAGCGUUUCCUUCUUCUUCUUGUUGUACUGAUGAAUUUAGUUACAGGUGGAAGAGUUGUGUCAGUGCAACAGUCUCGGGGACAGCUUUUACAACAACUAACCCAUGCAAACACAUAACCUUACUUGAUCUGAGUAGCCACCUUUCCGACAGCAGGUCAUGUGCAAUAAACAAGGUUCACUGUCUUUGUAUAUACUGUACACACUGUAUAUUUCUAUCCUGGAUAGAUGUACUUUUCUUAUAUAUUUUUAUAUAUUUUUUUAUUUUAUUUUUAUAUUUUGCACUGAUGUGGGACAGUGCCUCCAUUUCGUUGUGCUUUUGUACAUGAGUAUGAUUGUGCAAUGACAAUAAAGAUGUGUCUUAUCUCGGUGAUGACAAAGCGGGAGCUGGUGUCUGAGUGAGAGCCUGCCACUCCACAGCUCUCUCCACCCAGCUCCCGCUGAACGCCGAAGCUUCGGCAAUAAUCUCCUCUGUACACUCGCACUAUACGAGUACAGUAUCUGAACCGUACGGCCAAACCGCAGCCUGUUAACCGCUCGGACCAGGACUGACUGGCUCAUGUUUGUUCCUGUAUUCUAAC